AAUUAAACAGGAUUUAGCAAUGGAUCUGGAUGGGCACGAAAAGGACCGGGCUACUAAAAUUCUAGUGAGGAAGACCUAUAAAGUGACGAUAUUGAUGCUAAUUAUUGGCCAACUUCAGGUCUUUGUCGUAAUGGAAAUCGCAUCUAUUAAGGAGUUUCUGGCGUUUAAUUACCAUAUUAGUUUGCUGCAUUUUUUUGUAAGUUUCAUAUCGAUACAGUUGUACGUGUUCUUUUAUCGCAUCCUCGAGCAAAAGUCAAAGUGGAAACGCACCUUAGCCGACAUUUGGACGUACGAGGUGAACACCCUUUCGAUCAUGAAGCCCGUGAAAAGAGCGCCCUACAUUUGCCUCAUAGUAUCCUCGGUGCUCACCUUCAUGGUCAUGGGCAUCAGUGUGAUGUACGGCAACAUGGCAACUAGCCAUCGUCGUGGACUCUUUAUGAGUCGACGCAACAUCAUUCGUUGGAGCGAGCGAGUAUUUGUGUUAACCUGCUUUGGCAUCAUUCUGUGCUCCGAAAUGAAGCGGUUCAGCAUCGAGAUCCCCAGCCUCUUAAUCUACACCUCGAUGGGCAACAUUUUUGUGGUAAUGUUUGCAGCCUCGAUGCGGAAACCGAACUUUUACCAAUUGGAAAGAAUCGGCGAUCACAUACUCAUUGGCCAGCUGUACUAUCUGAGCUUCUAUGCACUCUACAUGGGAUAUGUGUGGCUGGCUGCAGCCACUAUUCAACUGGCCGAUUGGAAUACAACGUUGGCAAGCCUUACAUAAGGGUC